AUAUCAAAUUCAAUUCUUAUAAGCCUCUUUUUCCUCCCGCUGCAACAGAUGAAUAAAUAGUGCGAUCACAUUCACAUUUAUCAACACGAAUUCAUAUUCAAAUCCUAAAUUCCCAAUCACAAAAUUUCAAUCGAAAAUGUCAGGUCGUGGUAAGGGAGGUAAGGGACUUGGAAAGGGAGGUGCAAAGAGGCACAGGAAGGUGUUGCGAGACAACAUCCAAGGUAUCACCAAGCCAGCGAUCCGUAGAUUGGCGAGAAGAGGAGGUGUGAAGAGAAUCAGCGGUUUGAUCUAUGAAGAAACCAGAGGUGUCUUGAAGAUCUUUUUGGAGAAUGUGAUUCGUGAUGCCGUUACAUAUACCGAACACGCUAGAAGGAAGACGGUUACAGCUAUGGAUGUUGUUUACGCUCUCAAGAGACAGGGAAGAACCUUGUACGGGUUUGGAGGUUGAUGAUGAGGAAGAAGCUCUCAUGCUUUUUUUUUCUUUCUUAAACUGUGUAAUUUGAAUAUGUCAAUUUCCCUACUUGUUUGUGAUGAAUAUUAGGUUUUAUCCAGUACUUUGUAAUGCUGAAUGAGAUUGAUGUAUAAUAUUCAGUUUACCCUAAACUUAAAGUUGAAAUCAAAAUGAAUGAGUGAUUUUGAUGGUUAA